AAACCCACCAUUCAUUUCGAUUUCUACUACUCUCCAACCCUUCUGCUUCGGUGAGUACUAUGGUCGAACAGUUGGCGCACGAACCGGAAGAAGUGAGAGGCCAUGAAAAGUGGGACUUCUCAAAAAAUGAAGAGAGGAAAAUAUUUGAAUUUGAUGAUUCUUUUGUGUCGACUGAGUUGAAGAAGCUGGAUUCGCCGUCUCUCGAGGUUAAGGAAUUGGAGGAGCUUCCGGAACAGUGGAGGAGAGCGAAAUUGGCGUGGCUGUGUAAGGAAUUGCCUGCCCAUAAACCUGCAACGAUGAUUCGGGUACUCAAUGCGCAAAGGAAGUGGCUUAGACAAGAAGAUGGGACUUAUCUUGCGGUUCAUUGUAUGCGAAUUCGCGAGAAUGAAGCUGGGUUUAGG